UGUUCUCUCUCUUUCUGCACAGGAAUCGAUUUUAAAAUCCGGACGACCGAAAUCCAAGGGAAGAAAAUCAAACUGCAGGUCUGGGACACGGCCGGGCAGGAGAGGUUCAAGACCAUCACUACCGCCUACUACCGGGGGGCAAUGGGGAUAAUUUUGGUCUAUGACAUCACUGACGACCGCUCCUUCGAAAAUAUCCAAAACUGGAUGAAGAGCAUUAAAGAGAACGCUGCGGCAGGAGUAGAGCGGAUGCUCCUGGGGAAUAAAUGUGACAUGGAGAGCAGGCGGAAAGUCCCAAAAGAGCGCGGGGAGAAGCUCGCUAAAGAACACGGCAUCCGCUUCUUCGAGACCAGUGCUAAGUCCAGCCAGAACGUGGACGAGGCGUUCAAUGAACUGGCCACAGACAUCCUGAUGCAGAUGUCCCGGAGGGCGGGCCACGGGAUGAGGGAUCCAGUGGAUUUAAAAAGUUCUUCCAAGAAAGGAGGCAACAAGUGUUCUGCGCUAUAAGGAUCUGCUGGAGGGAGGUCAGGCGGCCCCCCAUCAGUAACCGGACGCCGCUUAUCCAGACUGAUCUAGAACUGACGGAAUUAAUAUGGCGCCGCCGUCCCUGGGUCCAACCUCAUUCCAGCGCUGGCAGGAACCGGGGGCCCUCAUUCUACUGACCCCACCAUGGACAUUGCUUAUAGGUCAAGUAAUAUAGGAGUAGGAUGUGUUCAUACCCGAGGGAGGGGGCAGCGGCGGCGGCCAUAUUUGGACUGCGGCAUGGCCAUUGGCACUGAAGGCACAGCCUGGGACCCCAAUCUUCUGUGGUGACCCCUUAACCUGUAGGAGAUCUUAGAUUUGGCGCCAAUUAUUGAGGGAUGUGAUUAGGAGGCGGGAGGAUAUGGAACGUGUAGUAGCUGGAGGCUGGGACUUGUAGUCCGCCCGAAGGAUGAUCUGCGCUGAUGCCGAGGGGAUUCACAAGCUGUUCAGUGCCGUCCUGUACCCCCUGCGAAGCGGUGAACACGUCACGUAUUUGCCCGUAUAUUAGGGGCCCCGCAACAGCCAAUCACACACAAGAGAAAUGAAGUGUGGCUCCUGAUUGGCCGCUGUGGAGGCUUCUGAUGCACGAGGCUCAUUCAUUCCCAGUAAUACUUCCAGUGGGGCCCCAGGGCCACUCUUAAGGGAGAGUGUGGUUGGCUGUGGGACGUAGAACUGGGAAGGACGCUGCUCGCUGUACGACCGCCGGAGCCGCCUCGGCAGAUGGUGCCCCAUGUAAUAAAUGCUGUUUUCUAA